CUUUGACCCGGAAGUGGGUGCUGUGUAGCAAGUCGACCGUAGACGUGGAACAGGACUUGUAGUCGUCGCUGCAGCGCAGAUGUUUGUUUUUCUAUUGAUUUGACAUUUUUACCACAUAUAUUAUUAUAAUAUGUAAGGACAGAGUGACUUAUCGGACAUUUAAAGAGGACCCGAGGAGAUAUUUGGAGCCAGUUUAGCCGUUAACGGUGUGAAUAACGCAGUUGAGAUGGAAGCGAAGGCGGAGAGCUAACGCAGAGACUCGUCGAUAUUAUCGCGCUCCGAUAUUAACUCGAUAUUCAGUGUUAUCGGCGGUUAGAUCCAGCUCCCAGCUGCUGCCAUGGCGCCCAUGGGGAUCCGCCUGUCUCCUCUUGGUGUAGCGGUGUUCUGCUUGCUCGGGCUCGGCCUCCUGUACCACCUCUACUCCGGGGUCCUGUCCAGCAGACUGGCCGCUUUCAGACAGAGGAAGACGGUGGAUCUGAGGGAUCUUCUCGCCUUGUCCAUGGAGGCUGCUGUGCAGGGAGGAUGGGAGGUGAAGCGCAUUCGCAUGGAGGACACGCUGGAGGAAAAGUCCAAGGGCAAAACCAAAGAGGGAGCCUCGGAGAAGCUGACCAUGGGGGAUUUAAACUCGCACAGGAAAAUGUACUACCUGAUCCGAAACACCUACCCUUACAUCCAGGUGAACUCUGAGGAACACGACAGCUCAGACGGCGAGGCCACGGUGUGGACGCGGAACAUCCCUGAAGAGGUCCAGAGCAAGAUCCCAGAGGGGAAAGUGGUGCCUGCUGAGAGCGUGACUGUGUGGAUCGACCCGCUGGACGCCACGCAGGAGUACACCGAAAACCUGCGCAAGUACGUCACCACCAUGGUGUGUGUGGCUGUGGACGGAAAACCUGUCGUAGGUGUGAUCCAUAAACCUUUCACCGACUUCACAGCCUGGGCGAUGGUGGACGGAGGAGCGAACGUGGCACCGCGAGACUCCUACAACGCAGAUGCCCCCAGGGUCAUAGUGUCCCGUUCACACUCGGGCAAAGUGAAAGGCUUCAUUCAGCAGGCGUUCGGGAACAACACUGAGAUCAUACCAGCAGGGGGAGCAGGAUAUAAGGUCCUCGCUCUGCUGGACGCCUCGGACGAUGAGAAAGCAGACAUGUACAUCCACGUGACCUACAUCAAGAAGUGGGACAUCUGCGCCGGAAACGCCAUUCUGAGAGCUCUGGGCGGUCACAUGACCACGCUGAAGGGGGAGGAGAUCGACUACUCAGGCUCGGAGAAGAACCCGGGUGGCGUGCUCGCUACGGUCAGCAUCGACCACGAGGCCGUGGUGAAAAAACUGCCGGACUGGGGCGAGAACAAAAACUAACCACGGCUCGGGAAACACGGACCGAACGGAACCCGGUGUCAAACACGCAGACGCGCGAGCUUCGGCUGCGUGGCGUGCUUAGCGAUUAACUUCUCCUGGAGUAAUACUCGACGGUUACAGGAAGGGCUCUCAGCAUGGACGCGCUCUUCUUUAUUUAUCUCCACACACUUUCUUCAUCAUCAUCAUUAUCAGGUAUAUCGGAGUGCAGCAGCACCAGUAGGGAUGCAUCCAUACCGCUAUUAAAGUAGCAGUAUGCGAUCUUCUGGCCCACAUCAAUACAUUUUAUUCAAACUGAGCGUGAAGUGCUAGAAAUUGUACUGAGAGCUGAUUAGCACCUGCUCACUUCACUGACCUGCUCUCACGUCCAGCACUCGCUUUAUCAGGUGACACGUGUUCCAGGAAGAGGAAGUAGAUCUUCACGCUUUUACGUUUCGGUAUCAAUGCAUCCCUAAAGAACCGGACGUUUAAAUAUUCCAGUAUUCCAACAUAACAUCAAAUCACGGGACUGGGAAUUCCUCAGAAACACUCCUUCAAACAUCUCCUCCAAAAUUAAGGAAGACUUUCACUCAGGAGCACAACCUCCAGCUGCACAGGCGGCCUCGUGUCAAACGGGGAAGCGAGGGCACUAGGUGUUCGAGUGUCCCUAAUAAUAAUAAUAAAGAUGAAUAAUCACGACUUUUCGCUUCACAUCUUCUGUGAAUGAUUUGAGUAUCGCUCUCGUGUGCAUGCCAUCGUGCCUCCACCGGUCAGUCAGUCGAAAGGGUCAGUUCAGCGAAAAAAAUUUCACUUCUGGAGAAACGUUCCAUAAAAAACACAAAGAAAUCUUUACACUGGAAAUAUAUUAACAUCCACUUCCUGUUCCUGUUCUCCGAAGUGUCCGCCUCCGUGGAAAGCUGACGGAUUCUUGAUUCCGAUUGGCCGGCAGCUCUGACGGCAUGAUACUCACUAAACUGGUCUAACAUCGUUUCCACAGUAACAGCAUGCUUUGUUUAUGGAAGGUGUCGGCGCUUUGUAACCAUGGUAACAGUGACUCCGCCUCAUUGCGACACCUCCUCCUGGAUUAUUUACCCGCAACAGAGUGACACCCCCCCCCCCUUUAAAAAAAAUGCGUUACAAAAUUUUUUUUUUCUUUUUUUCGCUGAACUGUUCCUUUAAUCUAUUUUGUUUGUAAGAUGUUAUAAUUAUUGGAAUGGGAUCGUUGCUGAUUUUGGAGAAAAGGGUGUCUUUUUUCGUUUUUAAUCGUAACUAAUCAGCAGACAAGCGGGCAGGUGAUUAGUGUGGUUUUAAUGUAGCAAACAUAACACACUCACUGUGAUGACUAGUGGUGGUGUGAGUGCCCCACCCAUCGUCCAUGGCUCCUCCCUCUCCCUGACGUGUUGUGCAUGAAGACAGAGUGUAAAUACACGCGGGUCACCGAGAUUGGUUUGCUGUUUAAAAUCCUGCAUGCGCUCUGUUAGAUAUGACCGAGGCAUGUCGCGUUAUGUCAUCGUGCUACCUUUAAAUUAAUUUUUUUUUGUUGGUGAUUGUAAUAAAGAGCAACCUUGUUGUUGUUGUUGUUGUCA